GACCAGGCUUGGGAUGUACUGAGCAGCAAACAGAGGAAAGCGGGACUGCUACAGCCUCUUCCUGUCUCAGAACAGCCAUGGCAAGUGGUUAGCCUGGACUUCAUCACCGGGUUACCACUUACCACCAGCAGUCAUGACGCAAUCCUUGUCGUCAUCGACAAGUUCUCCAAAAUGGGACACUUUAUCCCGACACACACGACAGCACACACAAAGGAGACAGCACAACUAUUCGUUCGAUACAUCAUCUUACAGCAUGGCAUUCCAACCACACUUAUCUCCGACCGAGACCCCAAGUUCACCAGCAAUUUCUAGAAGGAACUCAUGUCUCUCCUCGGGACCAAACUCGCCAUAUCAUCCGCUAACCAUCCACAGACAGACCGAGCGCCUCAACCAGAUUGUCGAGCAACUCCUCCGAGCAGCCUGCAAGGACGAGAUCUCCAAAUGGGACUUGCACCUGCCCGUUCUCGAGUUUGCUUACAACAAUGCUACACAUGCCGCUACUGGAUAGACGCCGUUCUUCCUCUGCUACGGA